CCGUGCUUGAUUUCUCGGGGCGAACGGCAGUGACUUUGGUUGUGACGCAGCCGCGACCUCUGGCACGUCCGAUCCAGUGUGUGAUCCAGUACACAAUCCGCAUCAUUGAAGUCACUCGGCUCCCAACGCUUACGUUACCUGUGGUCUAUGGUCCACGCAGCGCCAUUGCAUACGGGCAACCUGCUACCAUUGCGCUGGCGAAUCCGGCGGCUUCGUCGUCGCUGGAUCUGGACAUCCUUGUGAAUGCAACGACGCUCUUGUACGAGGCCACCCAACCCCCCAGUAUCGGCAACUUCGUCCCCACUCUCAAUGGUUUCGGUCGCUACGACAUUGGUACAGCGUCACCUACGCUGACGGUGUUUGAAGCCACACCAAGUGGUCUCCCUGUGCCACUCCAACUGGUCGUCACGAACGCAUCUGUGCCAGGCUCCCAAGCGCGCGCAAUGGCGAUUGACACCUUCGUGUUUCAACCUGAUACGUCGCCGAUCGUGUAUACGGCAGUCAUUUGGCCGUCCAUGGCCGUCGCGUGUCUUCAGGGCAAAGCGGCUACAUUCAACUUGACCCAUCUCGGUGCGCUCAACGCCACGCAGUGGGUAUUGGUCGUACCACGCGACGUGCCGCUGCAAAUCAAUCGCGCGAGUGCGGUGGCGUUGGAUCCUGUCAGUCUCUCGCCGACGUUGCUCGUACACGUCCAGCCACCCACGUAUUUUACAGGCCGGUUGGAAUUCGAAAUUCGCAUUUGCUCGCAGCGCGGGCAGCGCACCGUCAUUGAUCCGUACCUGGUCAUUGUGGACGUGACGCCGCUGCCUGUGCCGCCCAUGCCCCAAGUCGUCACUUGCAACACAUCGGUGACGUUUGGUGACGUAGCCGUCGUUACCAUGGUCAAUGUGCCCCUGUCGACAACGACAGCAUUUGCGAUUGAGAUUGAAGUGCUCAACGCGACCAUGGCCUCGUCGCUCGUUGCCGCCCAAGUCGUGGCACUUGAAACCAUCUCGCAGUUUCCGGCAGAGUACCAUUAUGCCAAUAUGACAAGUGCCACUGCAUGGCGCUGGACGCUACCGGUGGUAGUGCUUCCGUCGGGCACUGUUGCGGAUCGCCAUCUUGUGUCGCUAUCUGUCGCCGUGCAAAUGGCUCCCGAUUUUGCGGGCCAUGUACCACUGGCGCUUCGGCUCGUGUCGUUCUUGGCGGCCAACGCCAGCGUGACCGCCGAGUGGGUGUAUCAACAAACGGUGCAGUGGCACUACAAUCAAGUCCCGCUUGUCGAAGUUGCGCCGCUAUGGACCGUGACGACGCUCGAAAAUGUCGAUACGAGUGUGGCCUGGAUCGCGAUACUGACGCAACCGAUGUUGACCGGCACGUACUGGACGCAAGCGUACAAUCUUACGGGCAUGUCACUCCAGUAUGGCGUCAACCAAACGGUGCAAAACGCCUCCGUCAACACGCUCUUCGACAUUUCGCAAAGCAUCACCGCGGUUCGCGCAUCCAAAGUGCUUGCGGUGUCUGUAAACGUCUCCAUGUCUGAGAUCAUGAGCGACGAUGCUGUCCAGUUGCACGUGCUUCCGUACCGGUACGGCUCGAUUGACGUGACCCUCAACUUUACGUUUUACGGCGCCGACGAGUCGAUUCGCCCACGCAUUCUGAUGCAACCCAUACAACUCGACGUACUCCAAGUGGCGCAACAACCGGUGAUCGACUUUGUCCGGUCGCCCGCCGUUGUUGCCUCGGGCGACGUCGCUGACGUCACGGUUCAGAUUGCGUCACCGAUUCUGGACGGCUCCGAUACAUUGACGGCGCUUUUGUGGACCGACACCCCGAUGCUGCUUGUGCAAAAUGCGUCCAAUGAUGCUCUAGAAACGCACCAGAACGAAACGCUGCUCCGCUACGGGAUCCCGUUUGGCACUAGUUUCCGCCAAUCAAUCCAAGCAUGGUCGGCAGACUUCCGCGUCGCGGCCGUCGGCAACUUCAGUGGGCGAAGCAGUUUCUGCCUCGAAAUUCGCGCCAUUGCAACGACCAACACAACGUCCCGGGCAUCGGUGUUUCAUCGUUUCGCCAUCGACUUUGCACCGAGUGAUACACCGAUUGUGGUGCCAGCAAGCAUCGUGUCGAUGACCACGUUUGGUGGUGAAAUCUGGACCCUCGAUGCGCCUGCCCUUUUGCAUCAAACGCAUGCGCAACUGCCGUUGCCGUAUGCAACGUCGGCAAUAGCCUCCGCGCUGUAUGCGUACACCCUCGUGACUGCCAAUAUUGAUUGGCUACGAUUGGACAGCGGAAAUUGGACGCGACCGACGAGCCCGUACGUAGUGUACACGUCUCGGGACGCAGACGCACCGGUGCUGUCGCUUAUUCCAAGCAACGCGUCGAGUGCCAUUGUCCUUGACAUGGAGAUCCACUACGGCUUUGCCAGCGUCGUGCCGCGCAUUGUAGCGCCGGUGCGGGUGGUGCUAGCGGUCGCAGGUGUGCCAUCCCUCGCACCCAACCUCGUCCGCGUACAAGCGGCCAACAUUACCGCCUACGAUCAGCCCAACUCGAUCAACUUGACGCUCGAAUGCGCCAAAGCAGUGGUCCAUUUUGAGCCUACGACGCUGGCGUACCUUGUGAACGGACGAUCGGUUCAAGACACGGCGGUACUCAACAUAGGCACCGCGAUUCAGGUCGUCGCGUGGCCUCCUCUCGCCUCGAAUUUCUCAGGCGUCGUGCCAUUCCAAGUGUCAGCGCUCUGCGACCAUGGCCCAGCGCUCAGCGUGAGGAAGGACCUACGGUGGCUAGCCAACCCAGCAUCCUUUCGGCUGUCGCCGACCGCAGCCAACGCGAGCACGGAUGAAAAUACGUGGCUGCAACUGGCGCUGGGUUCGAUUCUGAGCGUGACCAACCGCACAGUCAACGACAUUCGAUAUCGCGUCGUGGCGUUGCGUUAUGUGACGCCGCUCGAUGGCAACAUCCAGCGAGUCGAGUUUGACAAUGCUACGCUCCUCGACAGCACGUCCAUUGGGCUGCUGCCACGGGCUCAGUUUUCCGGCAUUCUCUCGAUUACAUGGCUUAUCGAGUACGAAGGCGUUGACACCCAAUUUGGACAAGUUGUCGCACUUCAAAACCAGACGGCGACGCAUACGAUACGUGUGGUCGUACACCCAGUCGCGGUCGCACCGGCACUGGACUUGGCGACCGAUGGCGUCGUCGACUUUGGCAACUACUCGCGGGCAACGCUCCACGUCACGAUUGGUGGCGACACGUCACAGACGACGCAGUUGUACCUGUCGUGCACCGGCCGUAUCGUCGCCUAUUCAGGUGGCUUAUGGAUGCCAUUCUUUGGUUCGGUUCGGCUGGGAACGCUCAACCUGAACACGACGCUGCAGUGGGUCUAUGCUCCGAGUCAACCGACGGUCAGUGUUGUCGACUGCACGCUGCACUCGAUGACGACGUCGGUCGACCUUGGUCUUGGCACGGACCCCCGUCAGAUGCUGGCUACGCAAAGUAUCAACUGGACUACUGCAUGGCAACCUAGCGUGCAUGUUCCCGUCAUGCCUGUGCAGUCCUUGUCCUUUACUACCGUGGUCAACCGCUCGCUCGUACUUUCGCUGCCCGACUUGAUUUCGGCGCUGCCAAACGCUACGUCGUGCGCGUUCCAGUGGUAUACCUCGGACGUCCAGCGCAUCUUGACGGACGGGGUCGUCGUCAACGCGACGCGCACGAGCCAGCUUCCGCCGAAGUUUGCCCAAGCUUCCGGAAUUCCAUGCGCCAAUCUCUCGCAGCUGACCAUUGCGUUCACUCCGAGCUAUGUCGGACGCACGGCACUCCUUCUGGACAUCGGCACGCUUGCCGCGCAGUACCCGGUGGCCAUUACCGUCGUAGUCAAGUCAAUGCCCAUCGCCCCCCAUGUGCGAUUGUCGACCAAUGCCGUCGUCGCUUCGUACGAGCAGCCCGUGACGCUGGUCGCGUAUGCACCGGCGCCACCUGGCACCUUGGUGACAUAUCACAUCGUGAGCAGUCCACCGGUCAUCACAGCAAUUGGUCGCAACGACUUGUGGUUCACGGCAGACAACGCUGGCAUCAUUUCCAUGCGUCCAUGGGCGGCCGUCGACGUGACGCUUCAAGUGCUAGCACCCCUCGGAUAUGUGGGCUCGGUGUUAUUGACGUUGACCGCGCUCGUUCAAAAUGGCGGGGACGUUGCAUUCGAUGCGCAGGAGCUCAACGUGACAUGGCUGCGCGCGCUGCCACCACUGCUCGAAGUAUCGUCUGUCAGUAGCAUGUAUGCCACCGACAUGGCGUCCAUUCAGCUGCAAACAUCGCUCCAGCACCAAGACAGUGCCGUGGGCGCGCUCCGUGUCCUCAUGACAACGUCCCAAGCGCUUCAGAAUGUUACGCGUACGCUAAUCGCGUCUCCGGUUGCCUACAACAUCCAGCUCCCCGCCAAUGAGCUUGUCGUGACGCCGCUUCGCUACUUUGGGGGACCUAUCGUCUGGACCUUUCAAGCAACGAGCACUGCGUUUGGGACCUCGGCCAUUUCGGUCGCAUCGCUCAAUGUGACCGUCGUCCCUGUCGUAUCGACACCCAACGUCACGCUGGGCGUCCCAGCCAUGGUACAAAACACGUCAAGUAUUCUAAGCAUUCAAGUCGCGCGGGUUGAGCCCCUCGGGUAUACGGAAGUCUCCAAGUCGAUGUUGGUAUUUUCCAACUUUGGAAUUGACGCUGUGAAGGACGCUGUGACGAACACGUCCGUACCGUGCGUCGUCGUCGGGCCCAAUGUUACCGCAUGCCCACUUGCAAGCACGUUUGGCGCCGCGCGCAACUUUUCUCUGGUGCUGACACCGUAUUUGGACUAUGCAGGACCCGUCAAUUUUUCAGUGCUCACGAUCCACUCCAUCCUGGAGGCGCCACGCGACUGCAUGGAGCAGGCGUGGAACAGCUCGAUGCUGCAAACCUGCUGCGACAAUAUCGCCUCGCAGUGCACGGCCACGUCGUCGGCUGGGACUCUCAUGGUGCGCGGCAUUGCUGCCUACCCCAACGUAUCGGUGUCCCACACCAGCCUCGUCUCGAGCGUCCAAGCAAUCUCUGCCGUCAAGGUGUUUGCCCUUGACGUGCGGGAUCCGUUCCGCUUGCAGCUCCUCACGGCGGCGAUUGUGUGCCCGUCGAAUACACUCCAACGCGUCAUCGUGUCCCAGAAUUACACGCGGACCAACAUGACCAAAGGGGCAUUGGCCAAUGCAACGGCCGUGGACGUAUAUUCCCUGGCGUGGCUCCCGCGCAUCGCUCCGUGGGGGCUUGAACUCGUGUGGGCGACCAAUGUGACGACGAUGCGCUUCAACUGCACGCUCGUGGCGCAGUCGAGGUCCAUAUUGUUUCCCAACAGCACGGUGACGACCAACACGACGUUUGUCGUCGAAUUGAACUCGACACCGCCGGCUCUCACGCUGCCUCAAGCGUACAUCGAGGUGCCCGAAGGUCAGCCGAUCGUUUUGGCAGCGUCGCUGGCCACCGCGAACGCGACGCUCAUCCUCGAAGCGCCGCUCGCGGUCAUUCAACGGGUCGCUUUUCAAAACGCAUCGAUGCUGCUUGGUACGACGGCGCAGCUUGGGAACCGAACGUAUGUGUACGGCGGCGCGUCUGGGAUUCGCGGGGCGUUUGUCUUGACGACAUUCCCGACGUCGGGCGACGUCCUACUGCGCCUGUUCUCGUUCCCGACCGCGACGACUGCGACAAAUGUCUGGAAUGCAACGUUGGCGACGCAGGUGCUUGUCCAGAUCAACCCUCUCCCGAUGCUACCGCUCUUGUACGCCUCGCCAUCGGUGCUGUUUGUGCCGACAUCGCACACGAAUGUUACGACGAACGUCGCCGUGUCCAUGGCGCAUGUCGACGUCGAAAACGUCGUGUUCCUUCAGGUGGGCGUACCGCGGUUCCUUGUGACCGAUGUACGCUGGAACGGCCAGUUGCAAGUGCCUCGAGCGGUGAAUGCGACGACGCUGCUCUAUCAGAUCAAUGAGUCGAGCGCCCUGACGUCAGGGUCCAUGACGCUUUCGGUGCAGAGCUACUACGAUGGUCACUUUUCGGUGACACUCGACGCGUUCAGCGUCGUGCCCGCGCUAGGUCUCAUGGCGAGCAAUCGGUCGUACUUGUCGGUCGUCGCCUUUGCAUCGACGCUGGAUGCCACCAAGUUGGUGGUCGCACCGUCUGUCGAGGGCAGAGCCACCGACUUUAUUGAGGUUCCUGUCACAUCGAAUGUCUCGGACUUGGUGCUCUUGGAUUUGGAGCAGCGCUAUCUUGGCAAGGUGGUGGCUAAUGGCCUUGUGCUGCCGCGAACAGCGUGGGGCAACUCGAGCAUUCCAAGUUACACGCUGCCGCAACCCCUGACGCAGCUGUAUGUCCAAAGUCGACCGGGCUUUGCAGGCUUCUUCACGGUCGCACUUGUCGGCGUGGAUGCGUCACUAGCACUGGGCGUUGCACCUGUCCGCGUGCACGCGCAACCCGUGGCGUUGCCCCCACGAUUGCUUCUCGUGUCGGCCGUCAUCGUCAACGCGACGACGGUUUAUCUCGACGUCGUCUCGGACGUACCCAGUCCAUCCAACGGCGUCGAUGUACUGGCGCUCUCAAUGACCAUGCCCGUGUCUGUGCCAGUCGCCGCCUGUAGCGUUCCGUCACAGGCUUCGGUGCCCAUGCGCGUCAACGGAACGUUCCAGACGUUUGACAUCCCAUUCACCACGACGACUGUGCGCUUUGUACUUGCGCCAAAUUACGUCGGCACGUUCAGCGUUGCAGUGUUGCUGACAGAUACGAGCGGUCUCGUGUCGACGGCGUCCGUGGAAACCAUGAUUGACCUCGUCAUUGCUCCUCGCGCCGCCCCUCCGGCGGUUGCGUGGACGUAUGCACUGUCGUCGCAGUUUUCAAGCCCGUCAGUCGUCAACAACGCCCUCAACGCAUCGAGUCUUCUCAACGCCACCAGUCUUUCCAAUGUUUCCAGCGCGUGGAAUACAUCUGGAAACGGCAACAUCUCGAGCACCGGGACUAUCACGACGAUUGCAUCGGUGACACGGUCGCUUCAGAGCUCGAUCACGUUCAACGGGUCCGAGACUUGGCUCGCGUUCGUGCCAACUGUCUCCGUGACGGACCUGUCCGAGCUGGAGAUUGGUUCGGACGCGCCGCGUUUGCUUUCAAGCCGUGCUGUACCGAGCGACUAUAUUGGCAGCUACGUAGUGCUGCCACCGCCCCAAGUAUGGACGAAUCCGUACAUGUACGGGGCUAUGACGACGCUUCUCGGUGCGACGACCGCGAGUUUGCACCAAGCCACGGGCGUCUCGCUACAAACGACGUCACAAUCGUCCCGCGUCGUAGCCGUCGCGGUGCGCAUUACGCCCGCCGCCCAAGUGCCCACCGUGGCGCUGCAGCUGCCGUCGCCCAUCGACGGCUACGGUCCGUGGGCUGUGUACGAGGCCGACCCGGUUGGUUUUGCGAUCACCGCCACGACCGCGUACGCGGUGCCGACGCAAGUGCUGCAAAUCCGGUUGAGCGUCAGCAACUCCCAACUGAGCAACGUGUCAAUCAACGGCACAGUGCUGGCGCUGCCAAAGACUGGCCCGGUGGUGUUUCCGUCGACGUUGCCUGCCAAUGUCCUACCACUGACGACCGUGUCGCUGCCAGUCGUGCGCGGCGUCUUUGGCUUGCUUCCGAUGCAGCUCUCGGUUCAAAACACCGAGACACUCAACAACGACUCGCAACUUGUCAUCCAAAGUUGGAACGUCACUGUGGUCCCGGUUGCGCACGUACCGAUACUCGUUGUGCGACCGAGUGCGACGACGCUGCGUGAGUCGGACGUGCUGCAACUGAUGGCAACGGCGACUGCCCUCUCGACAACCGAAAACAUUUCGAUCUCGGUCGCGUCAUCACCGAUGGAAGCCGCGCUAACGCUGCAAUUUCGCGGCGGGACGCUAUCGUUUCUUCCGUCGGGGGCGAACGUGACACUCUCGCUCGCCAAGUACUGGUUUGGCUCGCUCCAGCUCAACGUGACGGCGCUCGCACAACAGUCGAUGGCGAGUCCCCGGGACAAGGCCAGCAACAGCCAGUUGCUCAACAUUUCGGUGCUGCCGGUCGCGUACCCGCCACUGCUGGUCGUCAACCAAUCACAGUACGGUGUCAUGGGGACAUGGGUCACGGUGCCUAUCAACAUAUCGGCACUCGUCGUAAAUCGGUCAAGCGGCAUCGACGAGUGGACGCUCAACUUGGUCGCGCGGGCGGGCGCACUCAACGUCUGGGCCAACCAAACGCUCUUGACGCGCAACGCGUCACUGAGUAAUAUCACGCUGGAUUUUUUCACGCUACCGGUCUCGGGCGAAGUGAGCGUCCAGCCCACGACGGCGCAUGGCGGUGUCUACGUCAUCGGACUCCACAGUACGGACCGUGUCGCUGUCUCCAGAACAAACGCGACAACGGUGCAACGAUCGACGCUUUACAUUGCUGGUAUCCGCGUCUCGGCCAACGCCACGUCGAUGGACCAAGGCACGUCGGUGCUCUUUACCGUCGCGGUCAACAGCCCGCCCGUCGCACCCGUGACGAUUUCGCUUGCAUGCAAUGACACGUCACGCCUUGUCGUGCCGGUGCCACUUGUCGCGACGACAAACACGACUCUGCAAUGGCUGUUGCGGAGUACGCGCGACUUUAUGGACAAUGGCAACAACUUUGUCAACUGCGCCAUGGUCAUCAACACAACCGAUGUCUACUACCAGCAAGUGCCACUGCCCAACACGUCGCUUGUGCUGGUGAACAAGGACACGUCUGGGUUUGCAUUGCGCGGCACGAUGCUCAACAAUAAGGUGCAGCUCACAGUCGCCGAGGGCGGGUUUCCCGACUCGUAUACGGUUGCACUGACGUCCAAGCCGUUUGACGAGGUCGAUAUCUUUAUGACGUCCAACGUCUCGAACCUCCGAACGACGCCACCGCUCUUGGUGUUUACACAAGACAACUGGAACGUGCCGCAAACCGUCGUUGCCAACGCGUCAAAAGUGUCCAACAUCAUUGGCACAGUCCCAGCAUCCAUUGUGCAUACGGUUGUGACCAACGAUACCAAGUACGCGGCGCUGCAGAAUUUUACCGUCGGUGUCUCGCUGCUUGUGACGUCCGAUACGACACCGCCGCCGUCGCUUCAGUCGGCCCAGUUUGGCAACACGGGGGCCGACAUCCUCUUGACGUUUUCGCGGGACGUGGACCUCUCGUCGUUCCCGACGCCGGCGAGUUUUGUCUGCACGAGGCUGCUCGUCUUCACGACAGGGUUCUACGGCGACGUUCCGACGUGCGGAUGGACGUCCAAGAGCUCCGUGCGCAUCCUUCUGGGAAAGUCCCCGACCGUGCUGCCGGGCGAUAAGAGCCAAGUCAUCGCCGGGCUAAAAGCGACUGCCACGUCGACGUUGACCAUGCCGACCUCGUACAUUGCGAUUCAAACACCUGCCAACCCGCCCGUGCCCAAAGUCAGCGUCACAGGGCCGCAAAAUCUCGGGUCGUGCGACGAUCUCGUACUUGAUGGGCGGUCGUCGUCUGGGGGCGGCGGGCGCGCAAUGGCGUGGGUCUGGACCAUCGCCAACGCGCCCGACAUUGCGACAACCCUCUUGGCGCUCGGGACGACGGCCCAAACCGUGUCGCUACCAGCGAGUACGUUCAUCGCUGGCGGGACGUAUACGUUUUCGCUGACAAUCACCAACUUUUUUGGUGCGUCCGGAACGUCCGGGUCCAUCGUCGUGACAAAAGCGAGCACGCCGCUGCCUGUCGUGUCGAUUGACGGUCCGAGCACAGUCUCGUUGACUAAGUCGUCGACUCUAGCGCUCAACAGCGUCGCCACCCCCGCAACAUGCGGCAAUACGGACGUUUCGAGCAUUGCGCUGAGCUUUCAAUGGUCCAUGAUCCAGUCGUCCGGUGUCGUAACAGUUGUCAGCUCGACGAGUCGCAACCCGCGGCAGCUGCGGUUACCGCUACGGACAAUCGCGUACGGAACGUAUACCGUCCAGGUGCUCGUGGGAGUUUUCGGUCAGCCAGCGCAAAUCAACUCGGCGUCUGUGACGCUGCAAGUCGUCCCGUCGGCUUUGGUCGCUGUCAUCUCAAAUGGAUUUCGCACUGUCGGCAACCAAGAAGACCUCGUGCUCAGCGGCACCUCGUCCAACGACCCCGACGCUUCGACGACGGCGCUCCUGUAUGCGUGGCAGUGCGUCGACGCUACGACGGGCGCCGUAAGCUGCGGCAACGUCGCCAUCACCAACGGGUCGACGACGGCGGUCGCCAAAGCCAAUCUGCCGCCAACGACCACGAUUCGCAUUCUCCUGACGGUCUACGAUCCAGCAACGCAACGCAGCGCACAAGCAUCGACGACAUACACGGUGCUGUUGGGAAGUCCGCCGAAGACGACGGUGGCACCGCUGUCGCAGCUCAAGUACAACCCCGACACCAAGAUCGUCCUGAAUGGUGCCGUCACAAGUGCAAUCGACACCAGCCCCACGGCUCUUUGGUCGGUCCAGGGCGACACGACGUUCGCCACGGCUGCAUUUGGGUUUGCGCGGACGUCAUUGACGAUGCUACUGCUACCCAAUACGCUCACGGCGGGCAAGACAUAUGUUUUUGUCCUCACAGGCACCGACAAGUUUGGUCAAUCGAGCAAUGCGACCAUCAGCGUUCAAAUCAACGAGCCACCGACGAGCGGCCUCCUCUUGUCGUCGCCGACGUCAGGCACGACGCUCGCCACGUCCUUUGCCUUGUCGAGUCUCAACUGGGUCGAUGUGGAUUUGCCGUUGACGUAUGCUUUCAAGUACAUUGUCGGCCCCGCUUCCGCGGGUGCGACCGAGAUUGCGCUCGGCGACUACGCGCUCAGCACAUCGUUCACCACCGUCUUUCCGCUCGGCGGCGGCGCCAACUCGACGAUCACGAUCGUUGCUUAUGUGGCCGAUGCAUAUGGGUAUGCAACCAAAGUGUACAGCGAGAUCGUCGUCGCGGCACCGACGGGGUCGGCCGCGGCGCAACAGACGGCGCUGUCAGACCAAAGCUCGCUGCUCGCGUCGUCGGCCGCGAGCACCGACCCCGGUCAAGUCGUUAACCUCGUUGGCAUGCUUGCAUCCAUGCUCAAGCCCACGACGACGUCAUCCACUGGCUCGGGCAGCAGCGGAAGCACGACCACCCCGGCGCCAACGGCAUCAGUGGCCCCUGGUGCGACGCCGGCGCCGACUGUGUUGGUGUUGAAAUCGUGCCCGUCGUCGUCGACAUCGGCCGUGUGCUCUGGCCACGGUACAUGUGUCCUCAACCCUCCGAGAUGUCCAGUGACGAACAUCGACUGCACGGCCACAUGCACCUGCGAUACGUCGUGGUACAACACGGACUGUGCAACGUCCCAAGCCGACUAUGACCAGAAGCAAGCUAUGCUUGGGAACCUGUUGACCGCCAUGACAUCUGCUGCAUCGACCAUUGAGCCCACCGCCAAGGCCGUCGAGCAGCAGACGUCGGCGGUGCAGUCCAUCACGGCCAACUCGGGGCUUUUGAGCCCAACGCAGCAGACUCAGGCCCUCGACUUGGUUGCGAGUGUUCUCUCGGCGUCGUCGCAGGUGCAGCUAUCUACCGCUGCGACAACCGCCGUCGGUAGCUCCAUCUCCAAUCUUCUCGACGCCUCGAGCACGACAACGUCGAGUCGCCGACGUCUCACGGGCGCGACCAACAGCUCUGCGGACGCGGCAGCCAAGGCGAUCAAGGUUCAAUCCACAGUCGGUCUCCUGGCCUCUGCCAUGCUCAACGGCAUCGUACCGGGCGAAGAAGCUGUGCAGAUGAACUCGAAGAACGUCAAGAUGGUGCUACAGCGGCACGACCCCGCCAACUUGAAUGGUGCGCUGGAGCUCCCCCUCUCCGCAAGUCAAGUCCAGGCCAACUACUCCAAGCAAACGUUCACGCUGCCGACCAACUUGCCCGCGUCGUCGGCGUGCGCGCAGGCCGUCGACACGCACGCCACGUUCCUCGCGCAAAAUGUCUACCAAUAUGCGAAUGCGAGCUCCAACAUCAACUCGGGCAUCAUUGGUCUCAAGCUGCUCUGCGACUACUCGAGCACGCCGCUUGCGGUCGCCAACCUCACGAGCGGCAUUUCGAUUCGCAUGCGCAAGCUGGCGCAGUAUCCUGUCCCGGGUGCGCCGACAAGCGGGAAUGUGUCGUGUGCAGCGGGGCCACCGGUUCACUUCAACAUUACGUGCAGCGUUGAGCAGCAGCUGUACAAGCUCGUAGCGUGCAACGGGUCGGCCAACUACACGGUGCAGUACACGUGUCCGCAGUACAUUCCGACACCCAAGUGCCAAUAUUGGGACUCGGCGGCGGGCGCGUGGUCGACUGCCGGCUGCAAACAGCUCCCCGAUCCGGACGACAAUUACAUGCUGUGCGUCUGCGAUCACUUGACGGACUUUAGUACGCAAGUCGACAUGGCGCUUCAAGCGGUCGAGGACAACUUCUUCUCGGUGAUCGAGCACCAAACGACCGUUGAAGACGUCGUGCAGAACAUUGGUGUCGUCAUCACGAUGGGGGUCAUGAUAAUCCUCUAUGGUGUGAGUCUCCUCUUUUGCCUGAAGUGGGACCGAGACGACCGCGCCAAACGGCUAAAGUACGCGCUCACCAAGAGCAACGAGCCCAAGCACAUCGACUUGCGCAGCCUCUUUGAGCUGCCAAAAGUCGUCGCGGCCAAGACGCGACGCGAGAAAGCCCGGGCGCUCCUCUCUGGGUUUUGGGAUGGCUUGAAAGCCAACCACCGUAUUCUCUCGACCAUCAUGCAAUACGACGAAACGUUUACGCGACCGCAACGCGCCAUGAUCAUCUUUACCGUCACGAUGAGUCAGAUGUUUAUCAACGCACUCUUGUACAAGUUGCGACAAAUGGACCCGAACAUUGGCACGGUCAUCGUCAGCGGCCUCGUCUCAUCCGUGUGCAUGAUGCCCGUGACCCUCGCGUUUGUCAUUCUCUUUCGCAAAGCCGGCAAAAUGCACGACUACACGGUGCGGUACGAGAUCGAAGAUGACGACCACAUCGUCGAGGUCGAAGUCGACGCGUACGGCAAGCCCGUGCAAUACUCAAAGUACGACAUGCUUUGCAUGGACCUCCAAGGGCUUCUCAAUGCCGUGCCGCAUGGCGCAUACGCGCGGAUGCUCGCGCGUCUCGAGCGCGAUCCGAACCUCACGUCGCUUGCCAGCAUCGUGUCGCAGUCGCUCUACUUGAUUUUGAACAACCGAGAAGUGCGCGAACCCGAGCCGCUCGACGACAUCACCGUCGAACUCGUGCCGAAAAACACGUCACGGUCCCACUUUUCGUUCUUUUCCAAGCCCAAGGUGGUCUUGCCGGCGACCGGAUCGCCGGCCAACGUACCCGUCGAGGACGACCCGAGCCUUCUGAGUGUCGAAAGUGCAGUCGACAAGCUCUUGGCGCUGUGGUCGCCCCAUGCCGACGUGUACGGUCGUCUCAACAAGUUUGAACCGACCGCGAUUGUGUCGUCGACGCGCUCCAAGCUCGGGUACCUUCUGCAGCAAGCGAUCGAGCUGCAAAAGAAAGAGACGUCGCGCGCGUCGACCGCCGAAGUCGACGAGCUCGCGAGCGUCGCCUCGAUCCUCGCGUGGUGCCGCAAGUGCUACGAGUGCGCCGAGUGCUUUGCCGACGACACGAACGCCGUCCUUCGCCACGCCAAGCACGAAAUGCAGCGCACGCGUGAACAGCUCGUCAUGACGCGGCGCAUGGUACAAAAGCAGCUCCGCGACCGGUUGCAGCACUUUCGAUCCAACAUGUAUGCGGCGCCGCGCGAUGCCUCGGGGUCGCUCCGCCAUGGAUCCCUCAAAGACCAUAAAAAGGUGGUGCUGCAGUCGGUCCACAACCAAGUCCAGGUCGUGAUUCAAAAGACAAGACACCAUAUGACCGAGACGCAGCGGCGGCUUCAAGACGCGCGCCGCAAGUCGCGCGUCGACCACAAGCUCAAGACCAAAGAGGCCAAGAAACAAAUGACAGAAAUCCUCGGCAGCCUCCACGGUCUUGCGCGCUGGAAAAAGCGGUUUGAACUCUACCAAGAAGCAAAGGAGAAGAAGCUCGUGGACGCGAUGCCGCUCCACGAACGCCAGCGCUACCUCAACGAAAGCGAGAAGCUCAAGAAGCUCCGGUUUGGCGCGCGCCUCAUGUACAACCUCUUCUUGCGCAAAGCGCCGCAGCGUCUCGAGAAGCCGAUCUUCCCCGAGUUUGUCAACUACAUCUUGUACGCCAUGUGCACGGGCAUCGAUGCGUUCACAGCCUACUUUAUUCUCCAGUUUUCGUUCACGGUCGGGCACGUUGUCGCUAGCAUGUGGAUAGGCUCGCUCUUUACGGGUCUCGCCAUGACGUACCUCGUCUCGGACCCACUCCACAUCUUCUUGCGCGUCGGUGUCUUGCCGCUCGUCGCAUCCAUCUUCCUUGUCAAUACCGGGCUCUUUGAGGCCCUCGGGACAGAGAUCGUUGCCGUGGGUGCGGCCGCCGCCGUCGGUAUCGCUGGCGUCGCCAAGUUCCGCGAAAAGAAGGCGGCGCGCCUCCUUCCCGUCGGGGUUGUCGAAGGCCCCUCGGCGCAACUCGCGAGCGCCGACGCGCCGCCCGUAUUGGCACCGGCGCCAAGUGCGCGGCUCGUGCUGGAGGUGCCACCCGUCGCAUCGGAGCCAGUGGUGGCGUCCAUCGUGUCGGAACCGGUACCGGCACCCGUGGUACCGGAACCGGUGGUGACGCCGGCGGGGGUGUCGGUGGUAUCGGACACGAUCACGGUGCCUGCCGCGUCGAGACCGGCCACGACCAUUGUCGAAUCGGUACCGCAACCUUCACCGAUCGUCGACGACACGACGGCGCCCAUGGCGUCUUUCAAGUCUUUGCCCAAGGUCAUCAACGUUUCUCCGCGACCGGCACCAAGCAGUGCAACAGCAAGCGCCACCAAGCCGCUCUUGGCUGGACCGUCGAUGGCUGCUCUGCCAGCACUGGCAGCGACCGUCCAGGACACAACGUCCGACGCCGCGUCGUCGAUUCGCGCCGCCGAUCCAGUAGUUGUUGCCGCCGCAUUGACCGCCGAGCUGGCCACGCCCGUGCCUCUGGUUGAAUCGUUCGUCUGCGAAUGCGGUGCCAGCAUGCUCCCCGACGAGCAUGUGCAUCAUCGCGAGCACGACUGCUCGCACCGUCUCGUGCAAUGCCGCGCUGGCUGCGGCGUUUACAUCCAACUCCGGGCGCGCAGCAGCCACGAGAUGAGCCAGUGCCGCCUUCUCUUGUGUGCAUGCGGCAAGAUGGUGCUGCGUACCAAGAUGACAACACACCUCGAGACCGAGUGCGCCCUGCGGAGCGUCACAUGCCGUCUCGGCUGCGGCGCGUCAAUGCCGCUCAACGCGCGCGAAAAGCACGAGCGUUCGGAGUGCGACCUGCGCGUCACGUCGUGUCCCGACUGCAACACGGUGUUGCCGGUGCGCGAGCUGGCGACGCACCGAGCGACGUGCAAGACCAAGGCAGUGGUGCGCGGGCCCGCGACCAAGCUCUUGGUCACGCAGAGCAGCAUGCUUACGUUGGGCGAAGACGCUUUGGCCGAACCCAGCGCCCAGCGGCCGGUCUCCCCGCCGUCGCCGACAACAUCGCGGCUUCAGGGCCCACCGCUUGCAAUUCCAACGACCAAGGCGCCGCGCGGCCCGUUGGUGCCACCGACCACGUCGCCUGUCGCCCGCCGCGCGCGGGCACCGCCUGUGGCUACAGCCACCCCGGGUGUGUUGCAAGGCCCACCGCUCGUGCUCGCACCCGGUGCGAUUGUCGACGAGGCCAAGACCAAGGACGAUCUGGCUCGAAAAGGCGUCGCAAUGACCGCGGCGGCCGAAGGCGCCAAGCGACUGACCAACGAGUCGGACGCCAAGCCCCGGCGGGCCGAUGUCGCCGAGGCGCUCGUGGAAAAGACCGGUGCCGGGCAGAUGGCCAAGUCGGCCUUUGAAGGCGCGGCGACGACGCUCUUUGAGGGCACGGUGCCCGCCCGCACGCAGCCGUUGCGCGGUCCACGCACUGCCAACCCGUUCCAGCCGCCGUCCGACGCCAAGCCGUCGACCUAGCACCUAACCCUAUACACUACACAAUGCAUCCAUCGAAACCGCCAAGAUGUCCGUCCAAUGCCAUACAUAUAAACCAUUUAGUAUAUGCAUAUUGUAUGCAAGAUCACCCUGUA